CAAAGAAGAACCAAUCAAAUAUUUCUACUUCCGGUACCGUUCGUGCGCCAUCUUUGACGAUACAUAGCCCAUGUAUGUUAUUUUUGUUUUCAAAAGUAUCGAAAAGUAUGAUAGAACACUAAAGCGCAUUAAACGAAGCAUACGUCUGGUUUUUACCGUAUCUAACGUGUUAUAAUUCAGUAAAAGUCUUCGGGAAACAUUUUUGGCAAGAUGUCGCUUGUGGAUUUGGGAAAGCGUUUGUUGGAGGCAGCGCGCAAAGGACAGGAUGAUGAAGUGAGGUCACUUAUGGCCAACGGAGCUCCUUUUACUACAGACUGGCUGGGAACCUCGCCACUUCAUUUAGCAGCACAAUAUGGGCACUACUCCACCGCUGAGGUGCUUCUCCGUGCCGGCGUUAGUAGAGAUGCCCGCACUAAAGUGGAUCGGACCCCCCUCCACAUGGCUGCGGCAGAGGGCCACUCGAGCAUUGUUGAAUUAUUGGUCAAGAGUGGAGCAGACAUCAAUGCCAAAGACAUGCUGAAAAUGACCGCCUUGCACUGGGCUACGGAACAUGGGCACAGGGGGGUCGUGGAGCUAUUAAUCAAAUACGGUGCUGAUACUCAUGCCCUCAGCAAGUUUGACAAGACGCCUUUUAACAUUGCAGUAGACCGAGGAAACACUGAGCUGAUGCUCUUGUUACAGGAGGGAAUGCAGAACCAAGUGAACAUGAAUCCAGAAAGGACAAUCCUAAGCAGCACAUCACCCGCCUCUGCCAGCCCUCAGUUCAUCAUCUCCUCCUCUGGAGUGGUCAAUCUCUCUGAUAUUGUUCUUACCAAUGCUAAGGCUAACACAGGAGCUUCAGACAGUUUGAUUGCUGCUGAUUCAGUGGAUUCUGCCAUCCAGCAUCUUGUAGGGGAAGAUGGCCAGAGAGUCAUCACCAUAGUAACUGACCAACAGGGAAACCUGCAGCCUGGCAACUUGGGACAGAAAUUCUUUGUCACAAUGCAGGGGCAGCAAAUGGUCGCAGUGCCCGCGGGUCAGAUAGCAGAAGAAAUCGUAACAGAGGACCCCAAACCGGUUCCAUCGCGGAAGCGGAAAUUCGAAUCAACCGUCAACCACACAGAUGUCAAACAUAAGGAACCCGAUGAGAAGGACAGUAGGGAAUUACUGGAACAGCAACUGAAAGAGGCAAACAGAAAAGCCCAGGAAUACCGACAGCAGUUACUAAGAAAGGAACAGGAAGCUGAGCAGUACAGGCUUAAACUAGAAGCCAUCGCCAACGGGCAGACCAAUGGCACCAGCACAGAGCCCCAAGAGGAAGUGGUGCUCCAGGAAGAGGAAGAGGAGGAGGUGGUCGGUGAAGAGGAAGUUGUCAUGUUGCCAGAAGGGGCCAUAAUCAUUAAAGAGGAACCCCUUGAUUCAACAGCGGGAGAAACAGUGACAUUAGUAGAGACGGCAGAUAUCACAGCCACUUCUGAGGGCACACCGUAGCAGUGAACCCAAAGACUCGAACACUCAGGAAUUACAUACACUCUUCUAGUCUGUGUACCUGGAGUGGCAUGUUGUAUUUAUUUAUUGUAAAUCAUAACCUUUUGUUUUAUCCUUUUUUUUUUUACUCGUAGCAUUCAGUUUCUGUACAGACCUCUACAAGGACGUAGCAUGAAUUAUAAAUAGGUGACCACAACGAUGCUGAGCUGCUCAGAUUGGCAGAAUAGGAAGAUCAGGUGUGUUCUUUUAACAUACAGUGGUGCAAGUCAUGUAAGUUUUAAUGAUGAUGCUUUCUAAUCAAGGCCUAUUAUGCAACUAUACUAUUAGUAUGCACGAUAGUGUACUUAAAGGAAUGUUCUGGGUUCAAUACACACCAUUUUGACUCGUCCCUUUCUAGUUUUAUUUUUUAAAAAUGCAAGUUGUGGUUAUAAUAAAAUAUAUUAUAAAAUAGCUUAAACGCUUGCAUUACUUAUUUGAGUUGCAAAGUCUAUUAUUUUAGUGUAAAUCAUUCUUUUUGAAGAUUUUUAGGUCCGUGAUCUUCUUGCGUAUUGUGCAGAAAUUAUUGGGUUUAGCAUCAUCAUGCUGUCCUUACAUCAAAGUUGAAUGUUAAUUGCCUGGCCCCGUGUCGUGCAAAAAAAAAAAAAAAAAAACUGAAGGACAAGUCACAUUGCAAAUGCUGUCAAUAUAGCUUAACUUGAACACGGAACAUUCCUGAAAUAGUGACAUGAGAGUGAAGGUUAACAGUAUAUCAUAUAAAGAACAAUACUAGACAUUAUUCAGAGAUGAGGACUGUUAUGUUAUGGCUUUGUGUGCCAUUGACUUGCUCCUGCAGUGCAAGGUGUCUUAUUGAUGCGGUCAGCAUUGGGUGAUGUGAUAAUCAAAGUAGCUAUGUAGUUACUUAAGCAGUUACUUUCAUGUUUUAUAUACUUUUAGCUGUUUAUAAAGAUAACUUACUCUUUUAAGAGUACAAGAUUGAGCAAAGGUUGUUUCACUUUUCUUUUCUUUUUUUAACCUAACAUCAUUUCCUUUGUUCUGUUAGACACUAAAUCACGAUUUGCAUUUCAAAGUUUUGUGCUCUAAAAAGUAUGCAACAUGUCUGUGCUUGCAUUCCAUGGCCUGGUCCUUGUCCAUGUGCCGAUUUCCCAGUUAGCAGCUUUUACAGUCAGUCUUUCAGUUAAGUUAUAUCAUCAGUUGUGUUGUUGAGUAUUUUUUUUUUUUAUGUCAGGUUUUAAAAUGUGAAUGAAUGUCAUAUGUAAUUUUAUGGAACUAGACCUUAAAUGCUCUAUAGAUUUCUUCCUCAUAGAAAAAUGGUUUUGCAUUAUCUUUGCUAUGUUUUUUAGGUGCACAACUGAUGAUUAACAUUCCAUGAAUUGAAUUUUAAGGGCUUGUAUCACCAUUAUUGUGCACAACAUAUUUUUACUCUGUACAUAUGCAAAUAUUUACAAUUUUCUUCCAUCUAAACCCAUGAAUAUUAAGAUUUAGAAGGACAUUAUACUAUUUAUUGAAUGGGUUAUUCACUUGGACAAGACCAUGUUUUUCCCUUAUAUUUUUCUUGCUUUUUAUGCAUUUAGAAUGUCAGUUGUAUAGGAUUUCAUCAGCAGUGCUUUAUAGGUAAAAUGUUUACACUUAUUUUGUUGCAAAGUUUGUUUGACUGGCAGAAUCACUCGUAUUUCAGUUUGAUGGAAGCAAAUGCAUAAGAGUUCUAACUUAAAGCAGACACAAGCACAUGAUACAUAACAUAGAUCAACAGUUUGUCCCUAAGAUUUCUUGUUUGUAUAUUUUUUACAUAUAUAUUUUUGUAAUGAAACACUAUUGGAGCCUGUCUUUAGUGCACUUGCAGCUGCAUUUUAUCUUUGGUCAAAAUAAAUAUUUCUGAGGUUUGGUAUA